CACUACAAUUUUAAAUUUAAAGUUUUUUCAAACUUUAAAAUUAAUAAUCUAAUCUAGUUCAGUUUAGUUAGUGUUAAACCAUCAUUCGAUCAAGACCUAUUGCUUAUUAAAAAGUUCUUUAUUUUUACAAAAAAUGAAUUUUCAAAAUUUUAGCAACAAUUUUUGUUCACUAGUUUCUUUAGUACGAAAUAAUGCAUAUCCUAAAUACCCAGAAUAUACAACAUUUUCUUCAAGAUUGAAAACAUUCAACUUAUUCCCGUUAACUUCAUCUCAAGAUAAAUACUCAUUAGCUGAAAGCGGUUUUAAAUAUUCAGGGAAAAAAGAUAUUGUCGAAUGUUUUUGCUGUGGACUCAUCUUACAUAAUUGGGAAAAAGAUGAUAUUCCAUGGAUUGAACACACAAGAUGGAAUCCAAAGUAUAUAUACGUAUUAUUAUCAAAAGGAAAUCAGUUUGUUGAAAAUAUAAUAAAUAAGUACGGAAAGAUUAACGAUGUAUGUCAAUGUGAUUGUGAAUUUAAGACAUAUGAUACUGUAAUUUAAUAUUUUUUUCUAUUAAUAUAUUUUUUUUUUCUGUUUUUAUAAGAAA